ACAGUAGGAACAGUAGUGCCUCCUAUGAGUUCCAAACUGUACAGUUCUAUAUAGUUUCUGCAUAUUCUGUGUGUGUCAUUAAAGUGACUUCUGAUAAAAAUAAUCCCAACAUAAAAUGUCAGUGUACCCGCAGGAUGCAUCAGGAAAUGCUCAAUGAACGCUUAAAACAUUGGACAACUGAAAGUUUACAUAAAACAAGGCAAAUGUUCCUGAGUGAAAAAUUGAAAGUGUGAGAAAGGAAAAGCAGAGUUUCAAUUAUAGUGAAUUGAAGAAAAAAAAGCAAAAAUAUUUCCUUUGAAAAGGAAAUUAAGAAAAAUAAGAAUGGCUGAAGAGGGCAAUGACGUAAAAUCGGCAGGUCCAUCUUCGCCGAGGAGUCCUCAGGAUGUUCCCAGUGGAAAGCCAAACAGUCCUCGGUCACCAAGGCAACCACGUCGGGUGAAAAUAACCGAACAACUGGACAACUUGACAAAGGACGAGUUCGUGGCCAAAUGGCGUGAACAGGACUUGUAUGUGGAAUAUCUAGAGGCGCAGACUGCAUCCCAGGAAGGCGAAAUUUCUUCGAUACGAGAAUCAGAGGAGAAGUACAGACAACAAUAUGCAGAAGCGUCGCAUAGAGAAAAAAUUUUAGUUAGAAGACUUGCUUCUAAAGAACAGGAAUUACAAGAAUAUGUUAAUCAAAUAGCUGAAAUGAAAGCCGCCCAAGCACCGUCCGCCGCAGCGUUGAGAUCCGCUUUAUUAGAUCCUGCUGUAAAUAUUUUAAUUCAAAAAUUGAGGCAAGAAUUGAUUACAACAAAAGCUAAAUUGGAAGACACGCAAAAUGAGCUUAGUGCUUGGAAAUUCACGCCCGACAGCAACACUGGAAAGAGAUUAAUGGCAAAAUGCAGAUUGCUUUAUCAAGAAAAUGAAGAAUUAGGAAGGAUGAUUGCCAGCGGAAGAAUAGCAAAAUUAGAAGGUGAACUCGCUCUUCAAAAGGGUUUCAGUGAAGAAGUCAAAAAAUCACAAAGUGAAUUAGAUGAAUUUCUACAAGAUUUGGACGAAGACGUGGAGGGAAUGCAGAGUACAAUAUAUUUUCUUCAGCAGGAACUUCGCAAGGCACGCGAAUCAGUGACCCUUUUACAACAGGAGAAUGCAUCAUUGAAAACAAAUUCAAGUGAUCAAAAUUUAACCAACGGCUUAUCGCCGCACACACCGCCAAUUAAAAAUGAAUCCGAAGAAAUAGUAGCCAGUGUCGAUAUAAAAUUGAAAACCGAAGAAAGUGAGGUGUGUAAAGGUGCAAGAACUCCACCCUUGCCCGAUGAUAAAUCAACAAACAGUGAACGUGCAUGUGAUGAAAAAUCAGAUCGAACUGAUGUAAAAGCAAUAAUAACAACAACAACAACGCAAACUGAACAAAAUGACGAGAGCUCACGGGAUUCACCGGCCUUGAUUAUUAAGGUUGAAAAUGAGGAGCUCAGUGAUCGUGACGAUGAUGAGGAAUCGACUAAUCGUACUAAUCGAAGGACGUUACGGACUAAAAACAAAAGUAAUUUGAAAUCUAGUGGUAAGACUAAUGGUGAGGAAGUGUUGACAAGGACAACGAGGGGUAGGGAUAGGACAAAGAGAGACAAAAGUGUACCGGGUAGUGAUGAGGAGAGAAUUCACAAAAAGAAACGAAGAGAAAGCAUCAUUUCAAUUGAUUACAAUGAGGCCGAUGACGAUGCUUUGGUAUUGACUAAUGGCGAGACACUCCAAAGCGAUCCUGAAUAAAUAGUUUAUCCUCGUAAGAAAAAUUCAUACAUUCUUCCCUUGUUUUUGUUUUUACCAAUUGUGACAACCACCACCUCGACAAGUUGACCCAAAAGUCUUGAUUUGCAAAAGUGAUUUUUUUAAAAAUUAUUCUUUCAAGAAUAUUAAGAAUGCUAAAAAGUCAUUUGAUUAUUAAAUCAAAUUGAAAUUAAUUACUAAAUGAUCCUAAAGUUUCGAACGUUCAAAGUUCAACGAAUUUCUUAAACCAAUCAAAUGAAAUUAAAAUUAGUUAGUCCACAACGUUGAUCAACGAAAAAAAUUUAUUUAAUAAUACAUUCAAAUAUUAUUAAAUAAUUAUUAAAUUAUUAAAUAUUAAUUUAUAAUUGAAAAUUUAGUUUUUAAAACAAUUAUCAGCAAAACAAUCAAUUUGUUUUCCUGAAUAUUUUUCUGGCAAUAUUGCUGCAUUAUCUAUAAUUAAUUUACUUAAUGAACAAUUUUUUUUCUUUGAUCUACGCUGUGGAUUUCAACUUGGUUGCUAAAUAAUCCAAAAGUUCCGAACGUUCAGAAUUAAAUUUUCGUUACAAUAAUUUUCACUACAAGAAAGUAACUGUAAAAAAGUUUCUAAUGUUUAUUGAAAUCGAUAAUUUACGAAAAUACUUUAAUAAUAAAAAAUAUUUCAUUCGUUUUAACGUUCGAAACAAUCGAAAAAUUAUAAAUUCAGAAUUCACUUUUUAACAAAAAAAAAAAACUUGAAAUUCAGGUUUAUUAACGAAAAUAUUUGAGAAAAUAUAAAAAUUUUGCCAUAAAAAUAUAAAAGGAGGAAAAUUUUUCUUUUAACAACAAUUGUUGUGUUUCUCGAAAAUUUUUUUUCGUCGAUUCGCUUGUGGACUUGAAAAAAAUCACUUUUCCAAAUUAAUACUUCCUCCUGAGCGGUUUAAUUACCAAUUUCUCUAAUUUACGAAAAACUGUUUUCCCAAUUCUUUCUUUAUUUUAAUCAAUAUUUAUGUUGAUAAUUUUGAAAAAGAAAUUUAAAAAGAAAAAAAAGUAUGAAAUACACGAAAAUAUAGAAAAUAGAAUUUUAUACCUGUGAGAUGACAAAUAAUCAAAAGUUUCCCUAUAGAUAUUUUGAAUUCAAAAUUUUUAGCAUAAAAUUGAAAUAAAAAUUGCAGGAUAAUAAUUUUCGUGCGAAUUAAGAAAAAAUUUCAUUAGCAAAUAAAAAGAGAAUUCGGAACUUUUUCUUAUUAUGAAAAAAUUUUUAAAAGUCUGCUCAACUUUCUUUUUCAAUUCAUUUUCGAAUUGUAAUUUCUUUUGUUUUUGUUUUCGUUUAAGAUUACAAUAUAAAUUAUUUUUGUGGAAAAUGUUUUCCAUUAGGAAACGAGGUAAAAAAAAAUAAAUUGGCUUUUUUGAGAAAAAUUACAAUUUUGAUGAUAAAACGGAAUUUAAAGUUUUAGAAAAGUUUGUAGGUAUAUUUUGUUGAAUUGAAAAUUGUUCUCUUAUUUUUCUUAAUUUCUUUUACAAUAGAAAAUAAAGAACAAUAUUAUGAGAACUUUUUUUCACGAUGGAUAAAAUUCAGGCUCUAAAAAAAUCUACCCUUUCCUCUGUAUAAAAAUAUAUGUAAAAAAAUAUUAAUAUAAAUAUUCCAACAAUUUUAAACGUUCAAUUGAAGGAAAUUAUUUAAUUUAAAUAAAAUUAAUUUAUUUUAAUGAUGGAGAAAAUAAUAUCAAUUUAUUACAGUAAUUUAUAGAAUAAUAUUAAUUUAUUAAAGUAAUUAAUAAAAUAAUAUUAAUUUAUUUCCAUAAUUAAUUAUUAUCGACGAUUCAGAUAAAAAAAAAGAAAUUUCUGUAUAGUUUUCAGAAAAAUUUUGUCGAUAAUUGUAGGAAAAGAAAGAGAAUUAAUUAAUUUCGUUCAUUUGAAUGUUUACAAUCUGAGGAAUAUUUAACGCAAUUGAUAGUGAAUGUAUGAUAAAUUAUAAUAAUAAUUAAGGCCUGCAUCUAAUGUACUUUCAAGAUUUGUAAUAUAAGAUUGGGGAUUUAUUAUUAUAACUAUUAUUUAAAAAGAAAUAUUACUCUUUUAAAAGUGUUUCGAAGAGAGAGAUUUUUUUUCGAUAUAAUUGUAUAGUAUCAUUCGAUAUUUUCAUUUCUCAGAGAAUAUAUCAAUUUCGAAUUUUAUUUUGUAAA